UAGACCAAGGAGAGGGAAUUCGGAAAGAAAGGAAUCUUCCUUCGCCCCACAUUCCCCUCCCUCCCUUUCUCCCCUUCUCCCUGUCUGUUGCCACAAGAUGGCUUCCGACAGCCCCGAGUCGCUCAUGACGCUGUGUACAGAUUAUUGCCUUCACAACUUGGAAGGGACUCUCUGCUAUCUGCUGGACAACGAGACCCUCCGGCUCCAUCCAGACAUUUUUCUGCCAAGUGAGAUCUGCGACAGACUCGUCAACGAGUAUGUGGAGCUGGUGAAUUCCGACAGCAUCUUUGAACACAACGAGAGCUUCUUUACCCUUUUCUCCGAUCCGCGGAGCACCAGGCUGGCCCGAAUCCAUUUGCGGGAGGACAUUGUACAGGAUCAGGACCUGGAAGCCAUUCGAAAGCAGGACCUGGUGGAGCUCUUCCUAACGAACUGUGAGAAGCUGACGGCCAAGAGCUUGCAGACGCUGACGAGCUUCAGCUCCACGCUCGUCUCCCUCAGCCUCUUCGGCUGCAGCAACAUUUUCCUCGAGGAGGAGAACCCAGGGGGCUGUGAGGACGAUUUCAACCCCAGCCGCCAGGUCUUGGUCAAGGACUUCACCUUUGAAGGCUUUAGCCGCCUGCGCUUCCUCAACUUGGGCCGGAUGACCGAAGGGGUGAACGUGGAGACCCUGAUCCGGCCGUUGGCCUCCCUCACAGCCCUGGACCUCUCUCACAUCCAGCUGAACGACAUCAUUUUCCUGACACAGUGGAAGGACAGCUUGGCUUCUUUAGUGCUUUACAACAUGGACCUCUGCGAGGAGCACAUCCAAGCGAUAGCACAGCUGCGGAAGCUCAGGCAUUUGGACAUCUCCCGAGACCGUCUGUCUAGUUAUUACAAAUUCAAGCUGACUCGCAAAGUUCUGAACCUCUUUGUGGAGAACCUGGUGAACCUGAUCUCGCUGGACAUCUCGGGCCACACGAUGCUGGAGAACUGCACCAUCUCGAACAUGGAGGAGAAAGCAGGCCAGACGAGCACCAAUCCAGAGAAGAGCAGCAUCACCCCGUUCCGGAAUCUGAAGCGGCCACUCCAGUUCCUGGGCCUCUUCGAGACCUCUCUUUGCCGUCUCUCGUACAUCCCGGCUUACAAGGUGACUGGGGAUAAGAAUGAAGAUCAGGUGCUUAACGCCAUUGAAGCAUACACUGAACACCGGCAGGAGAUCACGUCGCGUGCCAUCAACCUCCUCUUUGACAUCGCCCGCAUUGAGCGCUGCACCCAGCUCCUGAGAGCCCUCAAGCUGGUGAUCACAGCUCUCAAGUGUCACAAAUACGACAAGAACAUCCAGGUGACGGGGAGCGCUGCCCUCUUCUACCUCACCAAUUCAGAGUACCGAAUGGAGCAGAGCAUCAAACUACGACGACAGGUCAUCCAGGUGGUGCUGAACGGCAUGGAGUCGUACCAGGAAGUGACGGUGCAACGCAACUGCUGCCUGACCCUCUGCAACUUCAGCAUCCCAGAGGAGCUGGAAUUCCAGUACCGUCGGGUCAAUGAGCUGCUCCUGAACAUCCUCAACCCGACACGACAGGACGAAUCCAUCCAGCGCAUCGCCGUGCAUCUCUGCAACGCCCUGGUGUGCCAGGUGGACAACGACCAUAAGGAAGCAGUCGGCAAGAUGGGCUUUGUCAUGACGAUGCUGAAGCUGAUUCAAAAGAAGUUGGUGGAUAAAACGUGCGAUCAGGUGAUGGAAUUCUCCUGGAGCGCUUUGUGGAACAUCACAGACGAGACCCCCGACAACUGUGAAAUGUUCCUCAACUAUAGCGGCAUGAAGCUAUUCCUGGAGUGCUUGAAGGAGUUCCCGAACAAACAGGAACUACACCGCAACAUGUUGGGUCUUCUGGGAAACGUGGCAGAGGUGCAAGAACUCCGCCCACAGCUGAUGACCUCACAGUUCAUCAGUGUGUUCAGCAACUUGUUGGACAGCGAAGCUGAUGGGAUUGAGGUGUCCUACAACGCAUGUGGGGUUCUCUCCCACAUCAUGUUUGAUGGGCCGGAUGCCUGGAUGAUUGCCGAGCCGCGCAGAGAGGAAGUUGUGGACAGGAUGUGGGCAGCUAUUCAACGCUGGGACGUGAACUCCAGAAGAAACAUUAAUUACAGGUCCUUCGAGCCAAUUCUUCGACUCAUUCCCCAAGGCGUCUCUCCAGUCAGCCAGCACUGGGCGACGUGGGCACUCUACAACCUUGUUUCUGUCUACCCAGACAAGUACUGCCCCCUGCUGAUCAAAGAGGGUGGGCUCCUCCUCCUACGGGACAUGAUUAAAAUGGCCUCGUCACGACCCGAAACCAAGGAAAUGGGAAGGAAAGUCAUAGAACAUUGCAAUAACUUUAUGGACGAGAACAUGGACACGUCAAGAUAGAAGACCACGGCGACCAUCUCCUGCCGGCACUGGAUACAGCAUCUCUCCGAUUCACUGUACAUAGGUUGGACUUUCUCACCAGCUUAGCUGAUGGAAGGAGCCUUUAUGAAUAUUUGUGUGUGUGUGUGUGU